AUGGAUCAGACAGCAGAUCUUGAGAACCGGCAGCUCUCACCAGCUAACAUUGAUGACAAUGUAGGGUUAUCUCCCACCUCAAAAAAGGUCCUGGGGCAUUGUGCAGUGAAAGUUGUGACCUCUCCAAGCAAAGAUUUUCGAACUCUCAUUGCCCGUCCGCCCAAUUCUAGUCUUGAUGGCAACUCUAGUUUCCAUUUUGCCCGACCCACCCACCCAGCGCCUAGUUUCUCGAUCAGACCGCUGCCGCGAGCCGCGAGAGGAGAUGGCGGAAUUGGGAGAGGGAUCUCGGUCCCUAUAGCGGCAAACAUAAGUGCCAUGAGUAGCAUGGAACAGAACUCUAGCCAAAAUGAUAUUACCCCAACGGUGGAAUCUACCGAAGGUGAUCUCGGUAAUGAGCCAUCAUCCACCAGUCCGCAGCCGCAGUUUGAACCAAUGCAGGCAUUUGCAGCCACACAGAGCUGUCCAAACGCUAGCCCAGAUACCAAUCUAUGCAUUGAUUCUCAAGCACGGGAGGCAGAGCCUCGUGUAAGGAGCAAGCGUAUCGCCAACAGUUUAACCAAGGAAACUGGGUCUACGACAUCCAAAAUUUCAAAGCAGCAAAGGCUACGGACUCCAAGCCGUCUAAGUAAGGAUACUGGCAAAACCUCAAGCCUUCCUUCCCAACCGUCUGAAGAAGAUUUGUUUUAUCUUCUGAUCCACAGAUUAAAGAAACGCGAUCAGGUAGAAGCGGCAACUGCGGCAUUACGGGAAGAAACGGAGAAGAAGCUUAGAGAAGUCAAUGAAGAGAAUGAAGCGUUGAAAUCCCAACUGAGGGAGGCAGAGGAUCGUUGUCAUGCACAAGAGACGCAGAAUACCGCACAGAGGAACAUUAUAGAGAGGUGGAAGGUCAAGCUUGGAAAGGUUAAGAGUCUUGUGGCCAUCAUUGGAAAUGAUCAUGAGAUUCUUCGCAAAGAUGGACACUUUCUCAAGUCAGCACAAAUCGCACUUGUCCGGGGGAAGCAUCAAUUGCAAACAGAUUUAAGGCACCUGAAAUGUGGUACUGACCAUUUGAGCAAGGCCAUAACCCAGCAAAGAGCCGAAUUAGCCAGCAUGCAGGCUAAGUUCACCGUACUGGAACAGUCGCUGGCCUUGAGGGACAACAGACUGGAGAAUAGCGAGAAGUUACUGGAACGAGAGAAGAAUCGUACCUCUACACUCGAAGCAUUUAUCCGAAAUCAUUCAAAUAGAGGACUAAAACAAAUAGCGCUACUCCAGCAAACUCAAACCGAAACCGCCUCCAACGUUGGGAAUCUUGCUGAGAGAAUCAAGAAUUUGUUAACAGAAUCACAGUCCACCAUCAAAGCGGAGCUUGGACUUCAGUUAAAGCCCUGCCUAGAAAUUCUGGAAACGCUCAGUAAGCCGGAAUCCAUUGACCUGGCCCAGUUAGCCCAAAUCGACAAAGCAUUACGGGAUAUUUCUAUGAAGGUAGAUUCUCAGAACCAAAAAACAGAGCUCCACGUAGCCAGUGGUUUCGACGUACAGAAUCAGCAAGCCUCCAGAAUUAUCCAACAACUUAGUGAUAUGCGUGUCUUCUUUGAAGAAUCAUUUACGGCUUCGAUCAAGCUAGCUGACACCAAGCAAACUAAUGGAAUGUUACAGGAAAAGGUAAAAAUUGCAGAAGCAACUUUAGCACAAAUCAACGUUGAAAAUGCCAUUUUAAAAGAGACUGAAAGCAUCCUUCGAAAUGAUGUCAGCGCUCUCCAAAAGGAGGUAGAGUCCUUGCAAAACCAGCUAGCCGAUGCUUGCCAGUCGUCUGAAGAUCGCCAUGAGCUAUCCAAACUCCGGAUACAAUUUAAAGAGAUUUCUGCAGUAUUGGAUGAUGCAACUGCAAAACUGAAAGCAAAAGAGGAGGAGGUGUCCAAGCUUGAAGCCGGUUUAUCUGAGACCAAAAGUAGACUCCAGAAUUCUGAGACGCAGAUCGUGAACCUGGAGACCGAAAAAGCGAAGUUUGAAAAGGACACAAUCAGUAUCGAGAACAGGGUCAGGGCUGAAUUUACGAAGGCAAGUCUGCUGUCAACAGAGCAAAAUCGCGCAUGGUUUGAACAGCAAUUGCAUCAAAUUAAACGUGAAAAGGCCACUGCAGAGAAAAGUGCGAAUAUGCUCAAAGAGCAGACAGCGCUCCUGAAAUCAAAAUUAGCAGCUGCUGGAAGCUCACAAAGUGAGCUUGAGAUUACUGUUACAGAAAACGCAAAGAUGAUAAACGAUUUAGAGAGUACCCGUCAGGAAGAAAUCGCAGACCCGGAUGAAGUGGUAUUCAAGUUAAAGGACGAGAAGGCUUUUCAUGCCAUGGAUGCUGAAGAAGCGAAGUCAAGUCUCCAAAGAGCUCUCGCAGAGAAUGCCAAAAUGAAGAUAGAGUUGGUUGAAGCGCAGAGCUGGAUGGAGAGCUCCUGUCAAUUAUCUCUCCUACAAGAAAAGUUCGACCUCAUGCGAGACGAGAGCGUUCAAAAGGAUGAAAACAUAGCGUUUCUAACGAACGAAAUAGCGACGCUCAAAGACAAUGCAACCGUUAUAGAAAGAUUGCGGGAAGAAGCUGCCCAAGGAACGCUAGAGCUUAAAGACUUGCGGAAAAAGCUAGAGGAUGCCCACAAGGAGAAUAUGGAAUUGACUGAACGCCUGAAAAGUAGAGAUGAUGAUACUGCAUGCCGGACUGCAGAGUUUGAUUUGUCCAAGCAGGAAGAGAAUAUGGUUAAUCUUCACCAAACCAUACAAGCAAAAGAUAGCGAAUUGCGAAAACUGCAAGGCAGGUUAGAUCGAGCGGAGGAAUCGUUGACAAAGAUCGAGGGUCUAUUACGCCAAUUUAGUAUCCUUGGUGCUAAUGAUCUGCUAGUGCAGUCAUGGGUCACGCUUGAAAGGCGGUUGUCAUACUUUGCUCGUUUGCAGGAAUCCAGCGAGAUGUUACUGGAUGCCGACACUGAUGAAGUAUCUCUCCAAGGAUCAAAAAGCACCGGGAAAAGAAAACGCAUCGCAAAUUUGACCCCAAGCAUUGAAAGAAAAACUUCGCCUCGGUGCUCGACCCCUGGGUACAAGACAACUAGAGUUGUAUACCGUAAAGAAAGCAUUAGCAGGAGUAUCUCUUGCUCUCCUUUGAAACCUCAGGUGCAAAAACGCUCCGCUUCUAAGAAAAAACACACCCGAAUUACCACGCCGCGCAUUAAGCCCUUCUCCCAAGUUCAGUGGGAUCUCGAUGGUCGACGCAGUUCACCUUCGCAGAGUAUUGAUUAUUUGAGCAAUACCCCAGUGUAUGAAAGCUGGAGGGUCGCCAACAUCCCCCCGUCGACACCAAAAUUACAACUGGGCAAUAGUAGCACACCCAUGACAAAACUUCCACCUAGCCCAAUCAAAGACGUGAAGGUUGAGUCGCACAUGAUUCAUCGUAAUUAUGCUGAUGAAUCUCUGCAUGCUCCCCAGGAGAAGAACCAAAACCUAGAAGAAAUAAAAGGGUCGAGUCAGGCAGAAAAGGGACAAAAGCUACCUAAAAGCAUUCUUAAAGAACGCGCACUGCCAGCCCUGGCCGGGAGAGAGGACAAUGAAGUGCACACUUCGUCGAGAAUGGAAAGCCAGAUGACUAAAGAAGCAGGGGCGCCCGCAGUUCCUAGGCGCCAGACACGCGCUUCCUCGCAAUAUUUCAAGUCAUCGGACAACCCGAGCACCAUUUUAUCGAGUAGCCGACAUACAUGGGCCAUCACACAAUCAGCGGAAUCAUCUAUGAGUUAUAGAAGACCUCGGCGGUAUGGAAGGAAAAAAGGUAGGGGAUAUAAAUAUUCUCUACAUCCGGGUAGCACCAACCCGAAGCAGGAGAACUGUACAACAAUAGGUUCAAACAAGAUUAUCCAAAAUAAUGGGCGGAGAAUAAAGAAAGUUUGA